AUGGUGCACACACUUGUCAGAAAGGUCGAGGCCACCAACCUGUUCUUGUCCUCCUGGAUCUUAGUCUUCUUGGCUGUAGGAAUCACCAUAGAGGAAUGGAUUGUACUGAAGUUGGGACCCCAAGGCCCUAUAAUAAGCCACAGUCCGUGGAUAUGUUGUACUUCCCUGUGGCCAGCAGAGGGCCUGGAAAUGGUCAGGAAUAUUCUGAUUGUGGUGGUCAGCCUUUCCUUCAUGCAUAACUUGCUUCUGGGUUUUGAAUUCACCUAUAUGAUUCCUCAAACCAAAUAUACUCUCAUUAUGACUGCCUGCCUCGCUUUCCUCACAGGCAUCCUUCUGCUCAGUGCACUCCUCCUGUAUCACCACGUGCUAAAUCAAGGUAAAUUCGUGUACUACUUGAGUUACAAGAUCUGCUGGAUCAGUUUCACUGCAUACUUAAACGCUGUAUUGUUAUUUGCCUCUGGAUUCCUCUCUCUCUUACAGUACAAGCAGUCCAUCAAUGGUUCUGGCAGCCUGAUCACCACCUGCAAAUCUGCCAGAGAAAGUCAGGUUAUGGAGAAACAUGGGGUUUCUAUCAAAGUCGUCUCGUUACCAGCAGGUACUGCAAUGCCUCGUAGUAUUGUCCGUGUACACUCUGCCCACAUGAAAGAAGAUUCUUCAGAAAGACUGAAUGUCCAAGCGCGUCGUGUAACCUGGGCUCUAUGA